CAUUUAUUUAAAACCUAUAAUGGCUAUAAUCGAAAAUAUGUAAUGCACAGAAUAUACGGUAUUACCGAAUAUGCUAACGUGUAAUGGUUAGAUUGUUUUGGGUGUGAUUUGUUUACCUUUUUCAAGGACAAUAAAGGGAUAAAUUUUUUAAAUAAAAAAGGGUCCAAUAAAACUUUUUCUCGUGGUACACAAAAACUCUUGUAAAGCUACUUAGGUACUAAUAUUAAGGAGCUGUUGGCCUGUUUCUUUGUUAAAUCGAGUUACUUUAGAGUUAUUAGCGAUGAGUGAAGCAACAGAUGUAAAAUACCAACUUCAAGAAUAUCAACCAAAUUUAUCAGUGUCAACCAGAGAAAACAUCCAAAAUAUCAUAACAGGAAUAGAACAAAACGAUAAACCACUCUAUGGACAGGCUCUCAUUAACUUUGUAGUUAAGGAAAAUGAGCAGUUUAAUAUUGAAGAACUAAAGGAACAUGGCUUAAGAGCGAAAUUGUGGAAUAGCUUAACAAAACUUGCAACAGGUGCUAACGACAAUGACCUCCUUGCCAUUGUAUUUACUGUGUUUCGCAUUAUUAGCAGAGACAAAGGAUCUGUUAAUGAUUUGGUGAACGAUGAAUGGAUUAGUUUAAUAUUAAAAAAUAUUGGAUUAAACGACAACGAAUUUAAUUAUGAUGAGGACACUCUGUGUAGGAUCGAGGAGGGUCAGAAGGUUCUUUGGAAUACCGUGUUUAGUAGCAAACCAUUAGUUGAAGCUUCUCUAAGUAAUGGUUUGCUGGAUAAACUAGUCAAUCGUAUAAGAUUGUAUGAUUCCGCACAUAUCUCAGAUGUUAUAAAAUUUUAUGAUGUUAAACUACUAUUUUUAUUGUCUGCCUUAUCAGUACCAGUGAGAGAAAAACUCGAGAAAGAGUUGGAUGGUUUAAAUGUUCUUAUAAACGUUUUAAGAGUAGUACUUAAAGAAGCAGCUGAAAGUAUAGCCCAAUCACCCGAACUGCCGGCAAUACUCGACGACAAAAAAGCCGAAGUUGUCUGCGAAACCUUAAAAUGCAUGUUUAAUAUAACAUUAAAAUGUGGCACAGAUUCCAAAAGUAUUCAACAAUAUAAUAUCCUUAUUGGCCUUUUGAGAAACUAUCUUUUGGCUUCCACAAUAACACUCGAGAGAACAUGGGACUUGAGAAAUGAUAUCAUCAAUUUGUUGACUAACAUACCGGCGGUGUGUUACAGUGAGUUGAUGAUGCCAGUGGACAAAUCAAAGCCGCUAUUGAAAAGCUUGAAGUUUGAGAAUUACAACAUGAUUGUUUUUUAUGAAAUGUUAAUGUUUUUGGAAGCUAAGUUCAAUGAUAAGGUCGCUUUAAGUGUUACUCAACAAUUGGAGGUUUAUUCGCCGAUUUUAACAGUGCUGCUUAAGGGAACUACAGCUCACCGACCUAUCAGAAAAUACCUCAGACUUCAUAUUCUUCCGCCAUUGAAAGAUGUGGAUAAUAGACCUGAGAACACAGAUACUUUAAGGGGUAAAUUGUGUAAAUUGCUGACAACACCUAUUACACAAAUCAGGGAUCUAGUAGCCGAACUACUGUUUGUUCUUUGCAAGUGCAACGUUGACAGAAUGAUUAAAUACACUGGAUAUGGCAACGCUGCUGGUCUGUUUGCCCAAAGAGGUCUUUUAGGAGGUAAAAAAGACGAGGAUGAAGAAAACUUUAGCUCAGACAAUGAAGACAGUGAGACAGAAGAAUACGCAGGUCAGAAGCAUCUUAUCAAUCCAGUGUUGGGAUGCUUGGAUCAACCACACCCUGAUCCAAUGGAAGGAAUGUCAGAAGAACAAAAGGAGUAUGAGGCUAUGAAACUGGUGCAACUUAUGAAUAAUUUGUUGGAAUCAAGAACAAUCUUACCUUGCAGGGUUGGGCCUGAUGGAAAACCCCAACCCAUUGAGCACGUUCUGCAGUUACAGGAAGGAUUGAAAAGUCUACAGCUCCAAAGUGAUUCCGACACAGAAUAGAGUUGAUAAAUUUUUAAAAUGUCAACUUAAUAUAACUGUAAUUUUUAUUGCAUAUUUCAUCCAUUUUUAACAACGCUUAGCUUUUUAGCUUGUUUGAUGGUGUUCUUUUAGUCUAACCAUACAGGGUGGUCCGAACUGUAUUCCGGAAACUUCAUCAGCAUAUUCUGCAGUUAAAAAUAAGUAAAACAGUUCGUAUAAAUGCAUGUCCUAAA